GACAGUAGAGGGGGACCGGGGACAAGCUGCACUGAGAUUUCUCUAAAGAUUUCUUGUUUUUCGCCCGAUUCUGUGCUGUUUUCUCGUUGUUUCCUGGACAGUGGACAUCUCGCCGCCAUGCCGUACAACUCGGAGUUCAGCUUCAGCGUGUUGGUGGGCGGCCACGCCAUUCCCGAGUACGGCACAGGCGGGCAGGUUUUCGUGGAGUCCAACUUGUACACCCCAGCGUCCUAUAAGGAAAAGGAAGAAGUGGUCGUGGACGGACAGACGGAAGUGAACGAGUGGCCGGUGACUCCGUACACGAUCGAGAUCACGACCAAGCACCUCGCGCCACGUGCUCGCUACACCGUCAGCGUCGACGGUUUCGUGGUCACCAAGAUUCCGCUCACAGGAGGGAAGACAAGGGUUGUCAAGGGGUUCCACGAUAACGAGAGAGGUGGCCUGGCCGGGUUUGUCUUCUCACUGCCCAGAUACACCAAGAACGAGAGUGACGGAGGAAAGCAGAGCCCGGAGGACGUGGGAACCAUCAGGGUGACGAGCAACGACACCUGGCAGGAGUGGCUGCACCGACCAAGGCCCGUCACUAGGGGGCGCAAGGGCACAGCGUUUGUCCCAGCCACCAAGAGGGAUGCAUUCACCGUCACGGGGGGUCAGUACACCAUGGUGACCACUCGGAUGGGCCGGAACAUUCCUACACCUGGUCGCUGGACCAGCUUCGUGCGCCGGUGGAAGUGGGCCACGGGCGUGAGGCGCGGCGUGCUGGAGGUCAAGUGUCGCACGGGGGACGCCGUCAGGGCGACGGGCUUCCAGAUCAAGCCGUAUCCCGUCGUCAUGGCAGCAAACAACAACAUCUCACCUUAUCCCAUCGUCUUAGCCGCAAACAACAUCUCAGCAGGUAUAAGCAGCGAGGAGAAGGAGGUAAGCGCGGGUGUUGUCUUAUACAACAACAACGACAAUGACAACAAGUUGGGAGGACCCUUGUCUGCUAGCAUUAACAUGGAAGAGAAGCAACCAGGCAUUGCAGGUGUCUUAUCCAACAACAUCAAAUGACAACAAAAUACCGUCAGUCAGCAACAGCCAGGAGGUGAAGCAGUCAAGUAUCGGUGGUCUUGAGUUUCCGCCUUUUGCUGUCAUCAAGAAUUUGGGAGGACCCCCACCAACAAGCAUCAGCAGAGAGGUGGAACCGAGCACCAGUGGUUCAGACGUCCAUCCAUGUCUUAACAACAA